UCCACCCUUCUUCUGCGACUCCCUCCUCUCCUUCCCACUCUGCACUACUCUGGAUCACCCCCCCCUCCCCCAGUCCACCCACCACACCCCCCCUCACUCCUCUGCUCCCGACUUGGUGCCUGGCCUGAAAGAGCACAGGCCUCUUCAUGUGCUGGCCGCCCGCUGCCGGUGUCCCCCGCACGUGAGCAACCCUCCCUCCUCUCUUCACCAUGCCGUCCGACAGCUCCGACCCCAUCUGCCCGGGGUGCGAGCUCGCCAUCAGCAAUGAGCGGGCCCUGCGCGUGGGCAAGCACCUGUACCACUUGGCAUGCGUUGUGUGCUCCAUUUGCCACUUGGACAUCUCCACCACCGGCAUCUACCUCGACAGUCCGGAUCCCAUGGCUUCGAUGUCCGAUGACGAGCCGGCCCUCCUGUGUCGGGACCACUUUUUCGAGCACCACGGCACACGGUGCUCCGCCUGCGGGGCCCUUGUGACCACCGGGUCGAUUGUGACGGUGGACAUCACCAAGCUGGCUCGAGCGACCCCGGGGUCGCCGGACUCCGUGGCCGAGAAUGCCCACAGCUCCGACGUCGGCGCCGAUGAUUCCAGCGCCGGGAAGCCGGCUAACUUCCAUGCCGACUGCUUCCGGUGCUACCGCUGCCGGAAGCUCUUCGACUCCGGUGAGCGGGUCAUGGUCGCUCGCGGCCAGCCCACCUGUGUUGCCUGUACUUCCUCCUCUUGUGCUGCUUGCAUGGCCCCCAUCUCGCUGGAUGACCCGGAUGUGCUGAGUCUGCACGACCGCCGUCAUGGCCUGCUUCCCUUCCACCGAGGCUGCCUGGCCUGCAGUGUUUGCCGGCAGCCCUGCACCCGAGACGGGCGUGUCAUCUACUACAAGCGCCGGGUGUGGUGUCUUCGUGACCUGCGAGCCUCCUUCGGCUAUGACAUCUAUGACAACCUGGAGUACCUCGAUGGUGGCCCGGACCUGGAUGAGCCUAUGCCCCCGACUCCGAAGCACAAACUUCCCACUGACCGGCCCUUGCCCUCGGUUCUGGAGGGUGCCUCGGAGAACGUGCUGAAUGCCGUGGCCGCGCUUCUCUCGGCCGGGGAAACUCUUUCCCCAACCGAGGUCGCGGCCACGGUGGCCGCGGCUGCAGAGGAUGGCAUGCCAUCGCUGGCCAUCGCCGGCGAUGUGGUUCCCGACCAGGAUGCCCCCUGGCUCCUGCAUGAGGUCCCCCUUAGCCGGGCCGAGGCGGUCCUGCUGCUGAAGCAUUGGGGCCAGAAUUCGGCCACCUCUCCCUCCUCGACGACGGCGCCGGCGGCUGCCGACACGGCCGACACCCCGCGGGUGUUCUUCGUCUUCCGGGAUCGCGACGACGACUCGCACGGGUACCAGCUCAUCUGCCGGACCUUCACCAAGCAAGUUCCUGCGGGCUAUUGGAUUGCGCCCAUCACCACGAGCAACGACGAAUCCUCACCCACGGGGCGUCUGUACGGCCUGCAGUCGGGCGACCCGGCCGCCACGGCCUCCGUCUCUGGCAAGUUCCCCACCAUUCGCGGGCUGGUGGAGGCCUACCAGCAAGGGGGCGAUUCGCUGCCCUCCCCGCCUCCGCCCGAUGGCCAGCCUCUGCCCGCGGAUUUCAUCAACUUCGAGAAGGUUAAGGAGCAGCCGGAGUCCAUCCCCAGCGACUUGACGUACGCCGGUGCCGAGGAGUACCUCGAUGGGCGCCGUCGCCUGUUGGUCUUCGAGCAAAUUGCCCAGUCCACACGCUGGCAUCUGAAUCAGCUUGGUGAAUUGGCCGCCCGCGAGUCCGGUCCCACUUCCCCGGCCGGAGGCGCGGUGCCCACCUCCCCAGCUGCCGCCUCGGCUGGGGCCUCUGCUCCGGCUGCCGGGAAUGCCCAGGAUGAGGAUUUGGCCGCGGUCAAGCGUACGCUGGCCCGUGCCGAAGCCGAGGGCGACCUGGCCCGCGUGGUGGUUGCCGCCUCGGAGCUCGGUGUCUCUGGUGCUGUCAGCUCGCGGACCAAGUUCCAUGUGCCGGAAAUCUUCGACGUCGCACUCAAGAUCCUUGACAGCGAGACGUCGGCAACCCCGGCAGGGGAGGAGGACUUCGACGACGCGGCGUCGGCCAUCUCCUCCAUCUCGACCGUCUCGUCGAUGCAAGACUCCGUGUCCAUCUUCGAUGCCACCGGCGACGAGACCCUCGUGUCGGAAACCCUGCGCCUGGGCCCGGCCACAGUGGCCGCCCUGCGAACCUACUGGGAUGCGGAGACCGUGCGUGGCCGCGAGCCCCCGCGCGAUGGUGAUGAACUCUGCAUGCUGGUGGCACGCCUAUUGCCGGCGGUGGCCGGGCCGGAUGCGGCUUCCGUGCAGGCGGCCCUCUACCGGCGGCGGGAUCUGCGUAGCCUGGUGACUGCUGCUCCGGCGGCGGUGGCUGCCAACACGGUCACCAUGGACUUUGAGGCGUUCUUGCGCGUGGUGGAGGCUCUCUACUGUCCGGCGCUUGGGCCCAUUUACGCGCUCUUCUUGAGGUAUGCUCGGGCCUGUCCGCAGAGCGAGUCCAUGACCAUUGUGGAGCUGCGGAAUUUCCUGGCCCGCGAGCAGCAGGCCGUUGGCCUGACGGCCCUUGGCGGCGGGUCGCCUGCCAUCUUCCAGGCGCCCUCGGGACCGAGCACCACUCAGGCCGCCGCGUCCGCCUCCGCCAAUACCGAGCAGGCACUCAGUCGGUCGCUUGGUCUGGACACGAAGCUGCCCCUGCCGGCGGACAUCGACGCCGUGCUUCUCUGGCUGUAUGAGGUUAAUGAGGUCAAUGCCCGGCGCGCGGCGCGGGUUCACAGCGGUGAGCCGCUGUCGCGGUCCCUGUCGGUGGCCAAGCCACGGGGUGGUGCCAAUGCUGCUGGCGGUGCUCCGGCCGAAAGCCGGGGCUCUUCCCUGCGCUGGCCCGGUCGGUCGAAGAAGAACCAGCCGGCCGAUGGGUCUUUCGACCCGGUUCGUAUUGGCAGUGACCAGGACGAUAUGCUGCAGGAUGGCGAGCGCACCUGGACUCCGGCCGAGCGCGUAUUCGGCCGAUUCUGUGCCACCACGGCCGACGGCCUAUUGACCAUCUUCGGCUUCGCCAACCUUCUGCUUGGUCGUCAGAGCACCAUCAUGAACCCGGUUCACGCGACCACCGUUUACCAGGACAUGACCCGGCCCCUGUCACACUACUUUAUCGAUUCCUCGCACAAUACCUACCUGGAGGGCGAUCAGCUGAAGUCCAACAGUACCACUGAGGCUUACCGCAAGUCGCUUAUCUCCGGCUGUCGCUGUAUCGAGCUGGAUCUGUGGGAAGGCCCGCGCGGUGAGCCGCUCAUCUACCAUGGCUACACCCUGACGUCACGCAUUCGUGCACGUCUGGUCCUGGAGGAGAUCGCCCGGUCGGCUUUCGUAACCACGGACUAUCCCCUGAUCUUGAGUCUGGAGAACCAUCUGGGCCACUCGCAGCAGCGCACCUUCGUCAAGUAUUGCCGCGAGGUGUUCGGCGAUUCGAUGGUGGACUUCACGACUGGCUUCUGGGAGAAGAACCCCGCGGAGCUCCCCUCGCCGGAAGAGCUGCGUGGGAAGAUCAUCAUCAAGAACAAGGCACACGAGUCGCGCGGGCAGCCGACGCAGCCCACUGACAAGGCCUCCCGGGAGAUUAGCGACAUCGUGGUCUACACCAAGGCCUCUCACUUCCCUUCACUGACGCAGGCGCGCGAUGGCAGCCGCUGCUAUGAGAUGGUGUCCAUCCCGGAAAAGAAGGCCUUCAAGAUGGCGCGCUUCUCCUUCCCCCUGCUGUUCAGCUUCGCGCAGCAUCGCUUCGCGCGCAUCUAUCCCGAUGGCAUGCGCUUCGAUUCGAGCAACUUCGACCCGUCGCUCAUGUGGGCCACCGGCGUGCCGAUGGUGGCUCUGAAUGCCCAGCGGCCGGACCGGGCGAACCACCUGAACCGGGGCAAGUUCGCCGACAAUGGCGGCUGCGGGUAUGUCCUCAAGCCUCUGGCGUACCGGCCGGAGGUUCCCCUAACUGGGCCUCUGGCGCCGGAGACGCUGGAUGCUCUGCUGGAGCGCCCGGUCGGCGUGACCGUUGUCCGCAUCCGCCUCCUGGCCGCGUACGGGUUUGCGCGGCAUGCGCGCGCCGCGCGUCGGUCCAGAUCCCGCAGCAGCCGCUGGGCCCCGGCCGUGCAGCUGGAAAUGGCCGGCCUCAACACAUCCAGCCACUUGAGUAGCCCGGGCAGCUCGAUCGGGCUGCUGGGCUCGUACAUGUGGGCUGACCAGUCUUUCGAGACGCUGGCCGUCGCGCCGGAGAACAGUCUCCUCCGGUUCACGGUCCAUGGGACAUCCGCGUCCAGCAGUACCAGCACCGGCAGCAGCAACAACAGCGACAAUGCCACGGCCACGGCCCCGGCCCCGUCCGAUACACUUGGUGAAUUUACCAUCUGUGUGGCCAAUCUGCUGCCUGGCACUCGCACGGUCCGCCUGCGCCCGACGAAUUUGCCCUUCGGCGGUGUGUCUUUGUCGGACCCCUCCCGGCGCCCGGCCCCGGGCCAUGCGCCGCGUCUCGUCCUCAACAUCAGCCUCGAGCCGCUGGCCGAUCGGCCGAUGUCCACCUUCCUGCGGGGUGUGACGUGUGUGGCCCCGGUGGCUGAGGCCCCGGCGGCCAUUGUCGCCGAGCCGGACGACGAGCCGGCCGAGAUGCCGGAGCCGGCUCCCAUGCCCGGGCCUGCUCCUGCCCGGCAGCUGGCCCCUUCGGCCGCCCCGUUCGACAUCUCCAAGCUCAUGGAGGCGGCCCUGGCCCCACUGGCCGAGGUGGAAGCCUCCUCCAGUUCCCCCAUCGCCGGGAGUCUUUCUCGCCGGGCCACCAUGCGAGUGGCUAGCAAUGGCGACAGCCUGACCCUGCCGUCAAGCCCGCCGCCGAUGGCUCGGUCACCGCUCAGCGUGGACCUGCCGGUCCUGAACGCCGGUGACCAGCUCCCGCCGGUGCCGGCGGUGGCCGCCCCGGUCCCCGCUGCUGCGACGGCCCCGGCGGCCGACCAGACGGCCUUCGCCGCGUCGGGCAGCUUCCGGCUGGUGAUCGACGCCGAUGAGACGACGGCUCCGCCGGCCGUCGCCGCCGCCGCCGCCCCUGCACCCUCCUCCCCCUUCGUGGCUAGCCCCACCAUCCGCAUUGAGCUGCCCGAUCCCCCGGCUGAGGAGCCUGCGCCUGUCCCGGCCCCAACCACGGAGCAGGCGCCUGCCGCGACCGCGACACCGGGCCAGUCCUCGGCGACCUUGACCACCGCUCCGGCGCCUGCUGCCGCUGCCCCGGCCACCGAGUUGCUGACCCUGCCGGGCGCUUCGCAGGAUGCGCCAUCCUCGCCGAGUGUCGACCGUGCCCCGUCACCCACCCCGAGCACGGCCUCCACCUCCUCCAGCAGGCGAUCCAUCAGCGGGAUGUUCCGCUCACUUUCCAGGCGCUCUGAGAAGAAGUGAUCGAGUGUGUGUGUGUGUGUGUGCCCUCGCACAGGCCGUGCACCAGUGCGAGGGAUUGCACGCGCCCAGAGGCGGCUCCCUUCCUUUUUGUGUUCCCACCAUAUGCAGGCACGCGGUGGAACUUUCCCCUUCCAAAUAAAAGUACAAUAGACCCCGCAUCCAUAGCACAA